AAGAUGUAUACUUGACAGUAAAUGUCAAUGGUUUCUAAUGGUUACGAGUUUUUUUCGCAAAUUGCUAGGCUAUUGGUAAACAUACAUACUAAACCUGGCGGAUUAUARUUGGAGGUACUUCAAUUCUCAAUGGCGAGUAAAAAGACAGUUCUUUUUCAACAAGAUAACUGGACUAAAAGCUUAGAUGAAUGUGACUGUACACAAGUCGUAUGGGGUAGACCCAUGAUACUUCUUGAUGCAGUAUCGAAAUGUCGUCUUCGACAACUACGUUUAUUGCUUGAUGCUGGGAUUAAUGUGAAUAGCAAAGACUUCAAUACAGGACAAACCGCUYUGAUACGUGCAACCUAUCUUGAGGAUUCUAAGCUGCGUCGAAUAUGUACCGCCAUGUUGAUUAACUAUGGGGCAAAAGUUAAAGUUGCAGACCAUAUGAAAAGGACUGCGCUGUCUUGGGCCUGCUUACUGGCGAGAGAAAACUCUUUAAAAAUCUUCCAGAGCAAACCAGAGCUUGACCUUGCAUAUGAUAGUGUAGACUCAGAUGGAAAYACGAAUUUACUACUUGCUUGYAUGUCUGGUAAUGUGAAUGURGUAAGAACGAUUGCCAAGAGUUUUCAUCGGAACCGUUUAGAUGUCAAUAGGAAAAAUAAUCAGGGAGAAACUGCAUUGUCCGUAGCUGUAAAGCAAGCAAAUCGAGAUAUGAUAAUCAUACUAAUAGAUAUUGCUCAUGUCACAAACGUUGGUUCUUAUCCUAUAGAGUGCUUGACUUCAAGACGUCAGGAAAAGUACAGCAUAACGACUAGCGCAAGACGUACAAAACCCAGCACUGCGCAAAGAAAACCGCAUUGCAGUCUUCCUAAAAUCUUCGAUCUUUAUACUGAACAGCUAACACACUCAUACCCCAGAAUGUGCGUAUCAGUUGCUUCGUGUAAAAGUUGUAAGACAGACACUGUAGUAGAAAAACAAGUCGAGAAAYCUGAGAGAAGAACUUUGUUGCCUAGAACUAGCACCUUGAAGAAAUCRCACGAAACGGUCACGCGCAUGAAGUUAAAAUGAAGAGUACAUUGUGGACUACUGAUAUAACAAACUUAGAAAAGCUAGUAUACAUUUGUAUAUAUUAAUCUUUUACUGGUAUAGGCAUAUUGUCUCUAUUGACGCUGCAUGAUUCUUGUCAAGACUCCGUUGACGAUCGGACAACAUCCAGMUCUAUAGGUGCACAAAUAUAUAAACGAACAAAAAUAUCUAACUUUAAUCUCUUCAGUAGUAGCAUCGAAUUAAAUAUGAAUAUUUUCAAUCAACUUUGCGUUAAUCCUUUUCAGUUAAACAACGUUAAUACCAUUAAUGCGUGGUUGUCAAUCAAAGUUGUUUAGAUAAAUAACAAUAUAACUGUAUUGUUUACACUUGCUGCCAUUGCUGUUCACUUUAUGUAGUCAUCGCAUUCAUCAGCACGGCUGCUUAUUAGAAAUGAUAAUAUUUUGAUURAUUGAUAAUUAUUAAUUCCCAUCCAUGAUUACCCAUUCUAGCAGCAUCACUUUUCGUGG